CUUCCUGCUUCGCGCGCUCUUAGGUCUCGGGACCCACUCGGCUCCGCUGGGCUUGAGGGGCGGCGGGUGGUGGGCGGAGGGUGGUGUUUCCGCGGGUCGGCGGCUACUGAGCUGCCCAGCCGUCCGCAGAAAGCCCGUCCGCCGAGGUGGAGCGAAGCUUUUCUCCGCCGCCGCCCUCUCCGCCCUCGGAGCUCUCCCAGGAUACCUCAGAUUUCCCUGGAGUCCGGAGCUCUAGGGGCGCGCUCGGCCCUCCUUUUCCUCUUCAGCCUGCGCCGCGAGCGGCUGCCGGCCUGGCCAGCACCUCGCGUGUGGGACCUUAUCCCUUAGCCUCAAUGCCCGUGCGAGAAGAGUUGAGUGGGUGCCGGUGGUUGGAGCUGUGCAGGUGUCCCCCGGUGGCAAGUGUGGCCACGGCACCGGGCGCUAUUAAGUUUUAUGCGCGCACGUUGCAAGGACUGUGUGUGAGUCUGGUAAUAUUCGUAGGUUACAGAGAUUAAGAAGUGACUUAUCUUCCUUUGGGGCAGCAUUAAGCCCAAUACAGUCUGGAAGCCUCAGUUACUGAAAAUGGAUGUGAAAGUGAAUCAAGAGCAAGGCAGCAUUAGAAUGAAACCACUCCACUUGCUCUUGGUGGUGGUGUGCUCCCGACCACUUUCACUUUGGCACUGCCAGGAUUGGAAUUGGCGUGUAUACUCAAACUCUGGAAAAUUUUGUUCACCUUAAGGAUGUCCACUCUCACCACUUUUAUUCAACGUCGUACUGGAAGUUCUAGUCACAGCAGUGGGACAACAGAAAAAGACAAAAGGCAUCCAAAUCGGUUUCAUCUGGGAAUAGUAUUGUUACGAGCAGUAACUUUACAACAGAAAUCUCUUGGUGUACUUGUACUCACAUUUUGGCGGGAUAUCUUCUUGGAGGACUACCAUAACUAUAUUUUCCAAGAUUUUCAUUGAUAAAUUGAUUACUGCUGAACUGGAGGACAAUAUAUCUGCAAAAUACCCAAAAACAGAUAAAAAAUUCAUUCUGACCUUGGUAUAAUUUGGUAUCCUGAGUGUCUGUCUUAGCAAGAAGGAAGUGGAAAAUACUCUUGAAAAGAAAACUAAGACAAUAAGGAAGCCAGAACUUACUUUUACAUGGUGAUUUGCUCACUUAACAGUAUGGACACUUUUCCCACCACAUUUCCUCCUGGUGGAGACAGUGGGCUGACAUAUUCUCAGUCUGAGGUGCAAAAAAUGUUAAUUGAUGAAAGGUUACGAUGUGAACAUCAUAAAACUAACUAUCAGACUCUUAAAGCCGAACACACAAGGUUGCAAGAUGAGUACAUAAAGUCACAAAAUGAACUCAAGCGCCUAUUAAAUGAAAAGCAAACUCACCAGGAAAAAUUUCAGCUGCUGCUUGAAGAGCUACGAGGGGAAUUAGUAGAGAAAACUAAAGACUUAGAAGAAAUGAAACUGCAGGUGUUAACUCCACAAAAGUUGGAACUGUUACGAGCCCAGAUACAACAAGAAUUAGAAACUCCAAUGAGGGAACGUUUUAGGAAUCUGGAUGAAGAAGUGGAAAAGUAUAGAACUGAAUAUAAUAAACUCCGCUAUGAACAUACAUUUCUUAAAUCAGAAUUUGAACACCAGAAAGAAGAAUUUGCACGUCUUCUACAAGAAGAAAAAAUAAAAUGUGAAUCAGAGAUUGCAGGACUGGAGAAAGAUAAAGAAGAACUACAUAAUCAACUGCUUAGUGUUGAUCCCACAAGAGACAGCAAACGAAUGGAACAACUUGUUCGAGAAAAAGUCCAUUUAUGUCAGAAAGUAAAAGGCUUAGAGGCUGAGGUAGCCGAAUUAAGGGCUGAAAAAGAAAAUUCUGGUGCUCAGGUAGAAAAUGUCCAAAGAAUCCAGGUACGGCAGUUGGCUGAGACGCAGGCUACAGUCAGAUCCCUGGAGGCUGAAAAACAGUCAGCUAAACUACAGGCUGAACGCUUGGAAAAAGAGCUACAAUCAAUCAAUGAACAAAAUACUGUUUUAAUUAGUAAAUUGCAUAAAGCUGAACGGGAAAUAAAUACAUUGACCAGUAAAGUAAAAGAACUUAAACAUUCAAACAAACUAGAAAUAACAGACAUCAAACUGGAGGCAGCAAGAGCUAAGAGUGAGCUAGAAAGAGAAAGGAAUAAGAUUCAAAGUGAACUGAAUGGGUUACAGUCAGACAAUGAAAUUCUCAAGUCAGCUGUUGAACACCACAAAGCACUCCUAGUAGAAAAGGAUCGUGAAUUAAUACGUAAAGUACAAGCUGCCAAGGAAGAAGGUUAUCAAAAACUCGUGAUAUUACAAGAUGAAAAGCUAGAGCUUGAGAACAGAUUAGCGGAUUUAGAAAAAAUGAAAGUGGAACAUGAUGUCUGCAGACAGUCUGAAAAGGAUCAGUGUGAAGAGAAAUUGCGAGCUUCACAGAUGGCAGAAGAGUCGGCCAGAAGGGAACUUCAGAGUAUUAGGUUAAAACUUCAGCAACAAAUUGUGAAUAUUGAAAAUGCAGAGAAAGAAAAAAAUGAAAAUGCUGACCUGAAACAGCAAAUCAGUAGUUUGCAGAUCCAAGUGACCUCACUUGGACAGUCAGAGAAUGAGUUGCUGAAUUCAAACCAAAUACUGAAGGAAAUGGUAGAGAGGUUAAAACAGGAAUGCCGAAAUUUAAGAAGCCAAGCUGAGAAAGCACAACUAGAAGUUGAAAGGACUUUGGAAGAGAAACAGAUACAGUGGUUGGAAGAAAAGCAUAAAUUUCAGGAACGUCUCACUGACAGAGAAGAAAAGUAUAAUCAAGCUAAAGAAAAACUGCAGCGAGCUGCAAUUGCCCAGAAAAAGAGAAAAUCCCUUCAUGAAAACAAAUUGAAGAGACUGCAGGAGAAAGUAGAAAUCUUAGAGGCAAAGAGAGAAGAAUUAGAAACAGAAAACCAGGUGUUAAAUAGACAAAAUGUUCCAUUUGAAGAAUAUACAAGGCUUCAAAAAAGACUAAAGGACAUACAGAGAAGACAUAAUGAAUUUCGAAGUUUAAUUUUGGUUCCUAACAUACCUCCAACAGCAUCCAUCAAUCCUUUUAGUGUUCAGUCAUCAGCCAUGGUUCCAGGCAUGGACUUGUCGUUUCCUCCUCAUAUGCAGGAGGAACAGCAUCAAAGGGAACUCUCUCUACUUCGCAAAAGACUAGAAGAACUAGAAACAACACAAAGGAAGCAACUAGAGGAACUUGGAUCUCCUGGGGAAUGAUGUUCAUGGAAAAAAGAUCAAAAGGGAUGAAAUCACUGUGACUCAAUAAAGCUUGAAGUUUUAACGUA